AUGUCCUUGGAGCGCUACGUAGCUAUUUGCUUCCCAUUGAGACAUAAAGAGAUAUGCACAAUAUGGAGGUGUAAUAUAGCCAUCAUGUUGACUUGGGCCAUUGCAGCAUUCCCUGUACUCAUUGAGCUCCUUAUUUUGUGGUUCCUCAUAGACAACCGUUAUUUGUCUCUGCAGACGGUGUGUGUAUGGAAUUUUCUGCAAAUAUACAAGGUGCAAAGUACAAUCAGGUUCCUGAGUUUCUCCCUCAGUUUCAUCAUGGUGGGCCUCACUAUUAUCUACACCUAUAUCAGAGUUAUGUUAGUUGCUAAAAAGAUUGGGUCAUCAAAAUCUUCUGCCACCAAGGCGGCCAAAACAGUCCUGCUCCACGCAUUUCAGCUCCUCUUAUGCCUGUGCUCGUACAGUAGCGCAUUCACAGAGACGCUCUACAAAAACCAAUACAUGAACAUCGCCGUCAUCAACUUCUUUCUGUUUAGCUGCUUGCCACAGUACAUCAGUCCCCUCAUUUAUGGGAUAAGAGAUGAAGUAAUCCGCAAACGCAUAAGAAAACUGUUCUGCUCGACUUAG